GAAAUCAUUUUGGAGAGGUGUUGCCCUGCUGGUUAGUCCACGUGGGUAUUCAGCCUCUGAUGCCUCCUAUUGCUGAGACUGCAACAGGUUCUGCAUCCCUAAAUUCUGGGGAAAAUGAAUCAAGUGUUGUCCUACUGGAACUAGAGCAAGAAAUUUCUGAUACAGAGACAUUUGGCAAAUCGAUAUGUUCACUUACGAACAACACUGAUCUCUUAGCUUGCAAAGCAGAGUACUACCAUCAGUUUGAUUGCUUGAGAAGAUCCAUUUCAUCUAAAGAAACCGUGGAGCUUGGGCAUUCUCAUGAGCUCUAUCUAAUGGCAUUUAAUUUAGUUAAGGACUAUCCUCAAAGGUACUUAACAGAGUUUGGAUUUAUUUAUCGGCAUGCCAUUUUCUUUUCUUAAAGAAUUGGGUUCAGGUAUUCAAUAGAACUAUUUCAAAAGGCAGGGGAAAAAUUGCUAUUGCAUGUUAAAAUAUAUAGAAGUAAUUAUUGAACUUCACACUCGAUGGAAAUAGCAUGCAGUUUUGCUAAUUGCUACAUUGUAUGCUUGGGGAGUGAAGCUCGGUUGUACCUUCAUAUAUUAAUAUAUGACAUGGUUUUGAUAGAAAGGACUACACCUAGCCAGCUGCAUUGGUUUUGGGCAAAUGAAAUUUAUAUAUAUAUAUAUAUAUAUUCUAAAGAGGUGGCCAUUAUAAUUUGUAUUGCCUUCUGUCUUGGGCCUCUUGGCCAUAGUUGUGUAGCUUCAAGCACCCUGAAUAUUUUGUGUUCAUCCUUGUAAUGUCUUUGUUGAUAUUCUUUAACUCAAUUGGGGUGACUUCAAAGAAGAUUGACACCUUGAUUCCUUGAGUAAUGGCAACAUUGUAAUUGUGAUUUGGUGUAUUAGAAAUAGUAAAAUUUUGAUUGAAAUUGUCGUUUGAAA